GUCGCCGGCGGAGGACAACAACGGCUUCGCAGCAGACUGGAAACACCCAUACGUAGUCGGCAGGCCGGUGGAUAGCAUAUCAAUCAGCAAUGUCGGAGAAACGGAAAGCAGACGCUGGUUCGGCUCUAGUAGCGACGAAGAAACCCAGGGCAGACAAUGAAUCUGGUGGACUCGCGUUGGCGACGACUGGUGGGCGGGGUGGAGGCGCUAUCAUACGGAAGAUCAAGAGGACGUCCGACUUACAAGGCCCUAUCAUGCUCUUAACCGGCCACCAAGGAGAAGUCUUCUCCUGCAGAUUUAGCCCAUCGGGGCGCAACCUUGUGUCUGGGUCUUUUGACCGCCUGAUAUAUCUGUGGGAAGCACACGGAGAGUGCAAAAACUACGGGGUGCUGAAAGGACAUGCGGGGCCAGUAUUACAGGUCCAGUGGUCGAGCGACGGAACAAAAGUGUACUCUGCGUCGACAGACAAAACACUGGGAGUAUGGGAUGCAGAGGUUGGAGAGCGCAUCAAGAAGCUGAAGGGCCACACCUCCUACGUCAACUCAUGCGCAUCGACACGGCGGGAAGUAGGCGGCACGGACUUGAUUGUAUCGGGAAGCGACGACGGUUCAGCGAAAGUGUGGGACCCACGCGUGAAGCAGGCGGUGCACUCGUUCGAGAACAAGUUUGCGAUUACCUCCGUUGAGUUCAACCAGGACGGCGGACUGGUGUUUGCGGGAGGGCUGGACAACAAGAUUAGGGCGUGGGAUAUGCGGAAGGGGGAGGUUGCGUAUACGCUGGCGGGACACUUUGAUACGGUUACUGGUUUGCGGCUGAGUCCCGACGGUGAUAUGCUUUUGAGUAACUCCAUGGACAAUACUGUCCGAAUCUGGGAUGUAAAGCCUUUUGCAGCCUCAGGAAGCCGAUUGACGAAGAUCCUUGAAGGCGCACCGCAAGGCUUCGAAAAGAACCUACUACGCCCUUGCUGGUCACCACACAGUGACUUUGUCGCAGCAGGAAGCGGUGAUCGGUCGGUGGUUGUCUGGGAUGUGUCGGCGCAGAAGAUCGUGUACAAGCUACCGGGACACAAAGGAGUAUGCAACGAGGUGGACUGGACACAUAGCAUCAUUGCGUCUGCCAGUAACGACAAGACGCUGUUCAUUGGAGAGCUUAAUGUUGAUGAGGUGAAGUGA